GGUCUCACAUUUGACUUGGUUUUUAUUCAGGUAAUGCAAUUCUGCUGCUGCCUUUUUGAUAUCCUUCGCGACACAUAUGAACUUAAUGAGGUAAUGCUUCGGCGUGCUUCACAGGUCGGAGCAGGCGGUCAGGCCUUCGACUUGUCACCAAUUGGACGUGCUACUCACGCCUGCAACAUCCACUUGAAUCCUAGUUGUGCCCCCGAUUCUAGUGGCUCUGUGGCUCUCGGUUCUUUGGGGCACAGUGAAAGUUCAUGUUGCUUAAUUCACACUUCAAGCAGCGCUCUUACUGCCGCCCCACCAUCAUCUGCUCUCAACUCCCUUUCCUUUCCAGCAGCAUCGAUAAAUCAUGUUGAAUUGAAUAUGUUCACCUCUUCUGGCCAUACUUCUAUUCCUACCUUAGUCGCGCCCAUCGGUUCCUCGAUUGGAUUUGGCAACCAAUCGAACUCUGGCCCAUGGGUAGCUGGUUCAGGUUAUGGGAUUGGGAGCUCAUCUGUCAUUCGCUCAACAGGACCCAAGUCUAGCGGAAUAAAUGCGAGUAAUUGGGCUGGAGGCGGCCAACCACUACACCAGUUGUUGCAAGCACAGCAACAAGCUCUACAGGCAGCGAGUGGGGAAGAUACGCACGCUCUUCUUGAUCUUAUGCAUCGUAUUGCGCAUGGCUAUCGCACUUCACCCGAGCUUCGACUGCGCUGGCUUUUGAAAAUCGCAGAUAAACAUGCUGAAGUGAAUUCCUUGCUCGGAAAUCCAGCCGAAGUGGCUCAGUGUCUGCUACACAGUGCGGCUCUCAUAUCCGAGCACUUGACCACACCCAGAUUUAGCUUCCCACAUUCAUGCUCUUCGACCUCCUGGACCACUGGUCGACUUGAUAUAGAAGACAGCAGCGAAGGUUCCAUUGCCUCUCCUGUCUAUGGACUGCAGGCUACCGGAUGUGCGGGCCUUCUAGAGGCAUUGUGUCAGCCUAACCUCGCCGAAGAGAGCUAUGUUCUCUCUAGUGCCUUUGCAGCUACCACAAACGCUUCUACUUGGUCCUUUAGCGGUAUCCACCCCAACAAUAAUCCACCAUCAACACAUCCUGCCUCCUCUUCUGAUAUGACCCCUCUUUUGAACCUAGACGCGCCAAGCAAAUACAGGUGUCGUGAGCAAUCUCAUGACGUGGUACUGUCUUGUGAUGGAGGUGGGGCUGGUUGGUUCAGUUAUGACGGCUUGUUGGUUUUAGCCUUACGCACAGCUGAAUGGCUCGAUCUGGCUCGUCACUAUGAGUUGGUACCUCGUAUUUACGCCCGCCUCUUUGGCCAACUUGAGGCGAGAGCUGACUAUUAUCUUCUGGCUGAACUACACGCCCGCAUGCAUGCCGCAUAUAUUCGGCUGAGCCAGAUGCAGGUGAGCCUGCAAUAA